UGUUACUUCCUAUUUUUCAUUUUGUAUUUUAUUUGCAUCGUCUCUUUUUCUCCUAAUUAGAUUUGCUGGAGAAUUAUCUUGUGGAUCUUGUCAAAGAAUGUUAGUUUCCUGCAAUAAUUUUUAUUGUUGCUGCUGUUUUCUAAUUCACUGGUUUCUGCCGUUAUCUUAAUUUCUAUCCUUUUUUGGGGGGGGGGAGCAGGGGAUGCUUUGUUGCUCCUUAUACAACUUCUUAAGUUAACUCAUGAUCAUAUUUUUUAACGAUCCUGUUUCCUGAUAAAGGGACAUCUUCUAGAACUGUAGGAUGCAAACGUGAACUUGACAUUGUGACCCAGAGGCAAGUGAACAGAGGAUUCAGAAGCUAACUAGAACUGACCUUGAUUGAUACCUGGAUUGAAAUUGGUUCCAGAUUGACCUCUAGCAUCCGGGGACCCAGACCCAGGACCAUGGGACUCCAGUACUUGAGCCCUGUGCAUCUGCUCUGCCUCCUAGGGGCCGUCUCCACUCUGCCUCGGGCUGCGGCUCUUUUGUGCUACGAAGCAACAUCCUCGCUCUUCAGAGCUGUUUCUCUCCAUAACUGGAAAUGGCUUCUGAUGAGGAGCAUGGUGUGUAAGCUGAGUGAGGGCUGUGAGGAGACGCUGGUAUUCAUCGAGACAGCUGAAGGGUCCAGAAGGGGAGUUGUGGGUUUUAAGGGCUGCAGCCCAGCCUCCUCUUACCCCCAGCAAGUCUCUUACCUCGUUUCACCACCUGGACUGUCCGUUGCCUCCUACAGCCGCGUCUGCCGGUCAUAUCUCUGCAACAACCUCACCAGCUUGGAUCCUUUUGUGAAACUCAAGGCCACCACUCCGAGGUCUACAGCAUUUUCUUCCCAUGGUUGCCCAACCUGUGUGGGCGAACACUCUAAGGACUGCCUCCCAAGUUUUGUCACCACUGAUUCUUGCCCCUAUGACGCCUCUCAGUGCUACAGUUCCACCUUAAAAUUUCAGGCAGGGCUCCUCAAUACCACCUUCCUCCUCAUGGGCUGUGCUCGUGGACAUCACAAACUUUUAGCAGAUUUUCACCAUAUUGGGAGCAUCAGAGUGACCGAGGUCCUCAACGUCUUAGAGAAGGCCCAGAUUGCUGGCGUAGAGCCCUCCAGUCGGGGUCCUGCUUGGGGCAUCCUCUCAGGGCUUCUGCUUGCCUUCAGGGACUGACAGUCUGGCUGGACUGGACAACCCCCUUCCCAUAACCCAGUAAAGUCACAGAGUUGCCUUUC